AUGUCAGAUAAAGUGUGGGGAGAUAAACCAAUAUAUUUCAAGCAGCCAGUAAGAUGGCUCAGAUAUCACGCACAUGUUAACCCAGCCCUUUUCGUAUCAGUGGCAAUGGGAGUUGCAGCUCCAGUGCUAUUAUUAGCUACCCCAUUGAGAAGAAAGUAUUUAUAUGCUGACCAUGAACCUAUUCCUUUGGUUUACCCUGUACCUAAUAGGCCCAGGGAUGUGAAUUUGAAAGGGUAUGAUGAUUAG